AUGAGCGACGUCGAGAGCGACUGGCGCAGCAGCGGCGAGGGCUCGAGCAACGAGCAGAGCUCCAAGACGGACCACGGCGACGCCGACUCGGACGUCGAGGGCCACGCGGCCAAGCGCGACGCCGACGUUGACAUCGUCUCGGACGACGCCGUGAGUGUUGCCGACUCCGAGGCAGCCUCGCUCUGCAGCCUCGACCCCGACUUCCUCGUGACGCUGCCGCCGGAGCUCGAGUCCGCGGCACAGCUGCGGGUGCGGGAUGUGUGUGCUCGCUACGAGGAGGCUGUCAUCCGUCCCAACGCCGCGCGUGCCGCCGCCGAGCGUGCCGAGCUCGUCAGCCGUGGCCAGCUGAGCGCCGACGUCGCCGCGCACGACGACGAGCUGGCCCUCAUGGGCCUCGACCCCGAGGAGGUGCGCGACACCAGCAUGGUGGCCGAGUACUCGCGCGAGAUCUUCGCCUACAUGGACCGCUGCGAGCGCGAGACGAUGGCCAACCCGAACUACAUGAGCUUCCAGGGCGAGAUUGAAUGGCACAUGCGCGCCACUCUCGUCGACUGGCUGCUGCAGGUGCACAUGCGCUACCACAUGCUGCCCGAGACGCUGUGGAUCGCCAUCAACAUCGUCGACCGCUUCCUGUCGGUGCGCGUCGUGUCGCUCGCCAAGCUGCAGCUCGUCGGUGUGACGGCGAUGUUCGUUGCUGCCAAGUACGAGGAGAUCCUCGCGCCGAGCGUCGACGAGUUCGUGUACAUGACGGAGAGCGGCUACAGCCGCGACGAGAUUCUCAAGGGCGAGCGCAUCAUCCUCUCCACGCUCGACUUCAACAUCUCGUCGUACUGCUCGCCCUACUCGUGGGUGCGGCGCAUCAGCAAGGCCGACGACUACGACAUCCAGACGCGCACGCUCUCCAAGUUUCUCAUGGAGGUGACGCUGCUCGACAGCCGCUUCCUGCGUGCCAAGCCGAGCCUCAUCGCUGCCGUCGGCAUGUUCCUGUCGAAGAAGAUGCUCAACGGCCAGUGGGACGAUGCCUUUGUCUACUACUCGGGCUUCACCGAGGAGCAGCUGGUGCCCGGCGCCAACCUGCUGCUCGAGAAGCUGCUCGACGACGGCUUUGCCGAGCACUUUGUUUGCCGCAAGUACGCCAACAAGAAGUUCCUCAAGGCAAGCAUCUUCGCGCGCGACUGGGCGCAGCGCAACCACUCGGCGCUCAUCGCCGCUGCCGAGGCGGCGGCCGAGCAGGGCAGCCAGCAGUAA